GAAUGGAGCCCUAGCCGGCUAGCCCGACCCAUAACGUCACACACUAUAAAAUCAUAAUAUUUGGCCGCAAUUGAAUUUUGAACGCCUCCGAUCUCAACACACACGCUAGGGUUUGUUUCUCAGACAGCCGAAAUGGUGAAUGUUCCCAAGACAAAGAAGACGUACUGUAAGAGCAAAGAGUGCAAAAAGCACACUUUGCAUAAGGUUACACAAUACAAGAAAGGGAAGGAUAGUCUUGCUGCUCAAGGAAAACGCCGUUAUGAUCGUAAGCAGUCAGGUUAUGGAGGUCAGACAAAACCCGUUUUCCACAAGAAGGCCAAGACAACCAAGAAGAUUGUCCUGAGGCUUCAAUGUCAAGGUUGCAAGCACGUGUCUCAGCAUCCGAUUAAGAGAUGCAAGCAUUUUGAAAUUGGUGGAGAUAAGAAGGGAAAGGGUACCUCUCUUUUCUAAAUGCAAUUUACAGGCAUUUUGUGGAUGUUUUCCUUGCCGUUAAUGUGUUAUGUCAAAGCUUGAUCAUAUCUAGAAUUUUGUUUACUUCAUUUGUUAUCUUUGUUGUCGUUGCUAGACUAUGACAGUAAGUUAAAAAAAUUUGGCAAUCAAGCUUGAAAGAUUAGCUGGUGAGCUGUUUUAACUUAGUUUCAAAUGCAAAAUUUACUUCAAUUAUGCGUUA